AUGGACAGGGACCGAAAGACGAUCCGAUGCGCCACUUACGGCGACGUAGAAGCCGCGCUUUACAAGCGGUUCGUGGACGCGCGAUCGAAGAACAUCCCGCUCAGUGGACCCAUCAUUCUGGUGAAGGCCAAGGACUUGGGCUUUGCUCUCGGCCACGAAGACUUUCAGCCAGGAAAUGGGCGGCUCCAGAGAUUCAAGGACAGGCACAACAUCAUAUGUAAAAACAUUGUCGGGGAGGCCGCGUCCGUUGACCAGGGUUCGCUCCAGCAGUGGAUGGCCAAGCACCGCGAUUGUGUGCUUGCGUAUUCCGACAAGGACAUCUACAAUGCAGAUCAAACUGGACUAUUUUUCCAACUGCUGCCAUCGAACACUCUCGCGGCCAAGACAGACAAGUGCGAUGCGCCUGCCGAACUGUUGGUCAUGGGAAAGGCCAAGAAACCACACGGUUUCGCCAAGGUGCUGUCUAUGCCAGUGACGUAUGUGAACAAUGAGAAGGCAUGGAUGACGCGAGACAUUUUUGGCAAGUGGUUCGCCGACUUCGACAAGGAGAUGGUCCGAAAGGAGUGCAAGGUGCUGAUGUUGCUUGACAACUGCAGUGCGCAUCACGUCAACGCACACUUGAGCGCUGUAGAGGUUUUGUUCCUGCCCCCAAACACUACCGCCAAGCUGUAG